AUGUCACAUUUCUUUAACUUAAAAACUCUCCCGUUUCGCCGAAGCUUCUUCAAUGGCGAUUUCUCUCGCCACCGCCUAUAUCUCUCCAUGUUUUACACCGGAAUCGUCUAAUUCCGCUUCACCAUCACGAACUCUUUCCUCCGUACGAUUACCUUCUCAGAUUCGCCGAUUCGGAAGUGUUCAAUCGCCGUCUUCGUCUACUCGCUUCGCUCCACUCACUGUAAGAGCAGCAAAGAAGCAAACUUUCAACUCUUUUGAUGAUUUGUUGCAGAACUCUGAUAAACCUGUACUUGUAGACUUCUAUGCUACUUGGUGUGGUCCAUGUCAGCUUAUGGUACCUAUACUCAAUGAAGUGAGUGAAACACUGAAAGAUAUAAUUGCAGUUGUGAAAAUUGAUACUGAGAAGUACCCAAGUCUUGCUAACAAAUACCAGAUUGAGGCUUUGCCCACAUUCAUCUUAUUCAAAGACGGCAAACUCUGGGACCGUUUCGAGGGUGCCUUGCCAGCGAACCAACUCGUUGAGCGUAUUGAGAAUUCUUUGCAAGUGAAACAGUAGGUUUGAGAAACCAAGAAAACUUGUCAUCUAUGAACAAUCUGUUGUGACAUAAGCCAUUGUUGAUUGUUUGCUCGGUAUAAUCAUCUACCUAUUCAUAUAUGGCAUCUGCCAUUUUUCUUAAAACUCUUGUUCAUUUUUAAAAGUUUUUCCUACUUAGGGAUGCUCAAUACAUACAAACGUAUCCGACCAAAUGAUAAGUUUAAGCUACUCCGAUUGUAAAACCCAAACUCUAUGAUAAUCAAUAAUAUGAGAUCUACAAAUUACAAAGGUUGUAACUGCAGAAAUCACAAGAUAUGAUCGUUCUUAGCUCUCACACAAAGACGAUUACAAGAGAUUAGCAUAAAUCUCUCUACUGGCACAUCAGUAGGCUAAAAGUCUCA